GUAAGAGAGUGUCUACACUCCGUGUUGGUGUGCUCGAAAACCUUGUUGGAUCAUCUGGAUUCUUAAAAAAAAACCCUAAUAGAUUAGUGACCUGGUCUGACCUCACCUGAACCCAGAAUGUCGGCUGUGGAAGAGGAGAAUGAACAAUUCCCCGAUGGGUCGGUGCGCUGCGGAACCCCCACGUGAGUCAGAUGGAACAGGAUGUCCUCUACCACCUCGCCCUCGGCUCAGGAUCGCAUGACCUCGUCGAGAUGUUCAGCGACGUCAAGUUCGUGUGCAUGGGAGGGACGCCCAAGAGGAUGGAAGGAUUCGCCUAUUACAUCAUGGAUGAGAUCGGAUACAAGUUACCCGCUGGGACGACGCUGUUGGAUAUUUCCUAUCAGUCUUAUCGAUAUUCGAUGUUUAAGGUCGGACCGGUGCUUUGCUUCUCCCACGGCAUGGGUAUCCCUUCCGUGGGCAUCCUCCUCCAUGAAGUGAUCAAACUCAUGUAUCAUGCCAAGUGCAAGGAUCCCAUUUUCUUCCGUCUGGGCACGUGUGGAGGCAUUGGCAUCGAAGGGGGGAACCUCGUUAUUUCCGAAAGUGCGGUCGACGGUCUCAUGCAGCCGUUCCUAGAACUGCCAGUCCUGGGGAAGAUGCAAAGGCGACCGGCUGUUUUGGACAAGAAAUUGGCAAACGAACUGAAACAGUUGCGUUAUGAGGAUGACCCGUUCACCGCAACCGUCGGCAAAACCAUGUGCACUUAUGAUUUCUAUGAGGGCCAGGGAAGACUGGACGGCGCCUUCUGCGACUACACCGAAACAGACAAGCUAAAUUUCCUGAAGCAAAUACACGCUCAGAACGUCGUGAACAUGGAAAUGGAAUCCCUCUGUUUUGCUGCCCUGUGCCAUCACGCUGGGAUCAAAGGUGCUGUUGUGUGUGUAACUCUGCUGAAUCGUCUGCAUGGUGAUCAGGUCGACACCCCAAAGGAAACGCUUAACAAGUGGCAAGAAUACCCUCAGGUGCUGGUUGCUCGAUACAUCAAAAAGCAGCUCGGCCUCCCCGUCAACAUUCCACAGCGAAACCAUCCACAGGUAGUGAAAUGCCCAAGGCAGGCUAAGCUUGUUCGAGAACAGUCCGAGAGCUUUGAGUGAACUCCUACCCGAUUAUCUAAUGCCCACAGAUUUGCAUGCCUUCGUAUAGUAUGAGUAUGUAUGUGUGUUUGUGUGUGUUUAUAUAUAUAUAUAAUAAAAAAUAAAUAAAUAUAUAUAUAUAUAUAUAUAUAUAUAUAUAUAUAUAUAUAUAUAUAUAUAUAUAUAUAUAUAUAUAUAUAUAUAUAUAUAUGCACGCACAUACAUACACACACUUAUAUAUGUACAUGCAUACAUAUAUAUGUGUGCGUGUGUGUGAAAUAUCAUAUAGCCCAAAAUUUCACUGAUUUUUUAAGGGAAACAGUACAAAAAAAAAAAAAAUUCAAAGGCAUAAUACUGCAUGUUAGUGAAUACAUUCACGAAACUGCAUGACAGAGAGAAGAUGAGUUCAGUUCCUGGAAUGAGUUAUUGCUCACAUUCAGUAAUUAAACAGCUAAAUGCAGGUUCUUAUGUACAUUAUUUUCAUUACAGUAAUUUAAUAGCUAGUAUAAUUCUUUGAGAUUUGUAUAUGAAAGUUUAGAAAGUUCAAGAUUGCUGUAUCAGUGAGACCUGUAUUCACUACAACGGAUAUAAUAUUAAAUUCAGCAUAAUAUGAUUUACAAAGUGUAUGAAUGUAAAAUUUUCAACUUUAUAAAGUUAAUCACUGAUUUUCCUUGCAUUAAAAAUUUUGUCUUUUGACACAAUCUCAGGUUAAUCUCUAAAUGCUGAAACCUAUGUUAAACAGCGUAUAGUUUUCUACAGAUCUACGAUAGAGACAAAUCUAGCCACUCGUGCAUAAUCCUUAUCUCAAGGACCAUGCAUUUUCAGAUAUGUAUUAUUUUUACAGUGAAUUCAUUUCUAUCAGCAUGUCCAAUAGUUAACAUAAGUCUGAAUACUUAAUUUGGGGGGGAGUGGGAGAUAUAGAAUAUGCCAAAUAAGAAGAAAGAGCAAGUAUGAACCAGCUGUUCUCAAAAAGUUUAACAAGUCUCUGUUCCUAUGUAGAUGGGUGAGAUGUAAGAAAAUUACCCUGUGUUUGUAUAAAAAAAAUCCAGUUAUUGCUCUAGUCAAAAACUAGUAAUAAUAAUAAACUAUUGGCCUUCACCUGAGAUGCCAAAUUUCCUUUUUGCCAAAGCAUGUACACCUUUAUAAUGAAUCCUAAAAUCAUAUAUUUUCAUGUCCUUCUGGACACAGAUUUAAGAAGAAAAAAAAAAAAAAAAUGUCCUCCAAGACAGAAAAAAAAAAAAAAAAUCAGUGCCAAAUAAUAAAAAAAACAGCACUUGUAUGAAAGGGACUAGGUGACGAUCAGCUGUUUGCGACACCCAGCUAGACGGUAUAGUGAAGCUAGCAAUAAGGGAGCACCUUAAGACUAUAUUAGAUGCUUGAAAUAGAUUGGCUUACAUUCGCAGCCUGAGUAUUUAGAAGCAUAAUGCACUGGUAUUUGAGACAUUAAAAGUUUCUCUAACAGACGUGAGAACUGAUAAUUUGGAUACAAAUAGAUAGAUAAUUUAACAAUAAAAAGAUGAGGAUAUAGAAUAGGGUCAUAUUUAUGGUUAGCAUGAUGUGUAGUUCAUUCAGGCUAAGAUUUGAAUUGAAUUCCUUGUAAUUUGACAGUGAUAAUUGUUGCACCUAAAAUUAUAUUGUUUCAUGUCCAUGUUGAUUGGUAACAUACUUUUAAAGAAUACAGCACUAAAUUUUUUUUUUAAACCUCAUUUGUAUCUGAUUCUGUAAACAAAUUUUUUAUAAUUAGAUGUUGUGAGUAAAUGCUGCAAACCUUACGAAAAAUAAGCUUCUGUCAAUAGAAGUAUUUGCGGACUACUUGAAACCUGUGAAAGAUUCCCCACCCCCCUCAUCUUCCCUAUUCUCUGAAAUUAAAGUCAUUGUUCUAUAAUAGUUUCAGUGAUUGCUCUGCAACCCUGGUCUCAUUUCUGUAACAUCAAUAAUCUGUCACAGAUUUCUAAAAUGUAGUUCACGUUAUGGUGUUCCUCUUUGCUAAAUUUGCAACAUCAGUUUUUAUUUUUUAUAAAUUGUAUAAACACAAUGUCUACAGAUACACCAACAAUAUUUAAGUUAUCUUAAGCACAAUGUAGCCAUGGGAUAAUAAAUGUUUACUAAAU